UAUAUAUAUAAUGGGCAUCUCCAACAGUUUGUACGUCUCAAUUCAAUCAAACAUCAGUAGUUCAUAAGUUCGAGUGUUUCUUUUUUUCUAUGCAGUCUGUUAUGGAUGUGAUAUACAAGGAGCUCAACAUCAGCGUGAGAAAGUGAAUUUGGUGAAGAUUAGAAAUACGCCUUUCUAUAAAGAACCUUUAAAGUGCAUGGGACUAAAUGGCUUCUCUACACGACUCGUCCUUUUAUUGUAUAACGGAGGCCGAGCUCCCACCGGAGAAUAGACUUCUCUAUACAGUCGUCAGUCUCCUCUCCGCAUCCCUAGGCAUCUUCGGUUCUUCCUGGCAAAUCAUCACGUAUGCUCCGGAAACACAGGCCUUCAUGAGGCGAGAAAACAGUCCAGAGCAACAGCGACGACAAUCUAUACAACCAAACCCCGUGAUAGUGCUGUUCCUGGCCCUCACCAAUCUAACCUCCUGUAUAGGCUCCGUGCUGCGGUCGGUGGCUACAUAUUUGGUAAAGCCCCCUGCAAUGAACAAUACCACAGAUACCACAGGGUGUCACGCAUUCGUUAAUGCCACAUUCGUCCCAUGUGUCAGUAAAGCGGUCAAGGUCGCCGGUGGAAUUUUGGAGGCCUUCACAGAUUUUAGUUACGUGGCGUCCGCCCUUUGGACACUGUCUUUUGCCAUAAACAUCCACUCCCAGCUGGCGGGAAGACACGUCCCGUUAAAGGUAUUCCAUCUAUUGACGUGGUCGGUGGCAAGUGGAAGCGUAAUCGCUGGUCUUGCUGCUGUGUAUUCAAGCACGAAUGGGCUGUCCGUAUGCGCUGGUCAAUUAGCUAUAUUCGGGCGUUACAUGUCCACUUACAUACCAAUGGCCCUUUCCCUGGUGAUGAUCUGUGUCUUGUACUGGAAAGCCAGCAUUUCAGUAUCUUUAUCAUUUACAAGACUCACUGCCACAGUCGGUCAUGAAGAACAAGCCAUUAUCCAGCGAUUGAGGAUACGGUUUUUCUGGAUUGUUUUUUUCUUUGCACUUUGCUGGCUCCCGAAUCUCGUUGACAGUUUCUUCCAUAUAGACAUCUUGUCCAGGAAGUGUAUGGAACAGAUAGGCAGCUCGCUAUUUCCACUUUGGAUCAUCGAGGCAUUGCUGAAUCCACUUCAGGGACUUUUUAACUGUUUCUUGUACGGACGAAAGUGUUCGUGUAGACCGUUUGUGUACAAUGCUCGGACUAGGAGACACUAUACACAGAUACCCAAUACAGACACAGACCGAUCCUUUCAGGGACUGCUCAACAACCCGCCAAAUAUGUCCAGUGCAUGACCAAAACCUUGUGUAGAUAUAUAGUUCUAUCAAAUAGUACCUGGACUGUUCAACAACUCGCCAUAUAUGUCCAGUACAUGACAAAAACCUUGUGUAGAUAUAUAGUUCUAUCAAAUAGUACUUGGACUGUUCAACAACUCGCCAUAUAUGUCCAGUACAUGACAAAAACCUUGUGAAGAUAUAUAGUUCUAUCAAACAGGACUUGGACUGUUCAACGACUCGCCAUAUAUGUCCAGUACGACCAAAUCGAAGGCCUUUGAUUUUGGUUAAGCUCCCCUGUAAUCUACAAAGGACAGCCACCAGCCUGUGUUUUGUUUUUGAAACCAAUUAAACAGCUCUAUGAGCCUUGGAUUUUGUCACAAUACAUUCCAAUGUGUACAGAGAGUAAAAUCAUUGAAGAUGGUCCCAACACACAACCUUUCGUAGUUUUCAAUAUCAAAUAGGAUUACUGAUACUAACUUCUAUUCCUUUUUGUAUUUAAUAUAUUUAUACAUAUUCACAAUUCUACAUCGUCUUGUAUUGACUCAUUCACUCCUAAAGACACAUUUGAACUCUUCCGAUUCAAAGGUUGGAAUAGUUCAUUAGGAAACUUCAGGGGUGAAAGAGUUAAAUAUAUUACAAGGAUAAACCCAUAUAUUAUGAGAUGUUGUUUACUGUGGUAGUGCUAAAUAAAUAAGUGAUUUUCUGUAUGAAAAGGAAAUACAUGUUUAAAGCACAGUGAUGGACCAAGAAAUUGAUCUUGUAUGAUAACAUGGUACAGUACUGGUAGUUGUAGAACUAGAAUAUAUGUUAGUAUUUUCGUACAGCUAUUUACGGAUAUACUGUCGUAAUACUGUUGUAUACCAGGUCAUUAAAUGUUUAUCAUUAUUAAACUGAUAUUGUGUAUUGUAUACAUGUACGUACAUGUAUACAACAAUUACUGCUGUUUUUAAAAGAUAAAAUACCAUAGAUAUUAUUAAAUAGAUUUCAUGUCUGAAGUACACAACUUGAAGUAUUAUAUUGCUGUAUUUAUGGCUACUUGUGAUACAUAUAUAUUGAUCUCAUUUAAAAAUUUGUAGAAGGUAACCUGUAUAUAUAUACCUACAUACAUUAAAUUAUCAUUUUGUUAUUUUUGAGGUGAUUACAGAAAUUGCUUUUGUGUUCUUUAAAAAAUUAUGCAGAAAUAUUAAGAUAAGAGAUUGAAUUUUUGCUCAACAUUGUGGCCACUGAGAAGAGCUAUUGAAUUCAUAACGUUUCUUUGCGAGACAUGACGGCGACAUCUUAGUUUCAGUACAUGUAGCUCU